AUGCGGCAGCAGGCGAAUGCACCAUCACUUGCGUUUUUGCUGACUCCCUUCUCCAUCUUCCUUUACCAUCUCUUCUGUCCUGUCGGCGCUCUUUCACAUCCUCACCCUCUCGCACACUCGCUUCUCCUCUCCUUGCUCACGCCUCUUGUCCGCCUUGCCAUCCUUCUCCCCCUCUCUCCAGCACUCAAGGGGGCACUGGCUGGCGUGACUCGGGGAUCACCAGUGGCUGCAGCAACGGCAGGAUCACGGCAAGCAAGCACACAACAAGUGCUCCCAACCCCCUCCUCGCCUGUGCUCUCCUCUUCUCUGCAGCGACGCACUGGUGGUCGCCACGAGGGCAACGGCAGCAGCAGCACCAACCCAUCAACCGGGAGCACGCCCAGCACCACGCCGCUGCGUGGGGCGGACGGGAGUGGCAGCGAGUGGACGGGGAACGGGCGGGCUGCCAUGGCUGGCGCGCACGAGAGCCGACCUUCUUAG